CUGAAGAACAAAAUACAAAAAAAAAAAAAAACAACUAGCUCCACCACAAGAGGAAGACGAGAGAGCAAGAGCAGCAGUGACGCGGCGGAGGUGUAGUUUGACGCGGUGUGUUACGUGGUGGGGAAGAGAAUAAAAAAAAAAGCCCAGCGAGAUCCCAGCCGCGAACGAAAGCAGUGACGGAGGAGAGGCAGUGUAACCGGUAACUAAAUGACCAUGGAAUCUGGUGCAGAGACACAGCAGAGUGGAGAUGCCGCUGUCACAGAGGCAGAAGCCCAACAGAUGACAAUACAGACCCAACCACAGAUUGCAACAUUAGCACAGGUAUCCAUGGCAGCUGCACAUGCAACCUCAUCUGCUCCUACAGUGACAUUAGUGCAGCUCCCCAACGGACAGACAGUUCAAGUACAUGGGGUUAUCCAAGCUGCACAGCCUUCUGUCAUACAGUCUCCACAAGUACAAACAGUGCAAAUUUCCACUAUUGCUGAAAGUGAAGACUCUCAAGAAUCAGUAGACAGUGUUACUGACUCUCAAAAACGCAGAGAGAUUUUGUCCAGGAGACCAUCAUACAGAAAAAUUUUAAAUGACUUAUCUUCAGAUGUUCCAGGAGUACCUAGAAUUGAAGAAGAAAAAUCAGAAGAAGAAAGUUCGGCUCCUGCUAUCACAACUGUUACUGUUCCAACUCCUAUCUAUCAAACCAGCAGUGGACAGUAUAUUGCUAUUACCCAAGGAGGAGCAAUACAACUUGCUAACAAUGGUACGGAUGGAGUUCAAGGACUUCAGACAUUGACCAUGGCUAAUACAACAGCAACUCAACCAGGAACCACAAUUUUACAAUAUGCACAGACCACAGAUGGACAGCAGAUACUUGUUCCUAGCAAUCAAGUUGUUGUCCAAGCUGCCUCAGGAGAUGUACAGACAUACCAAAUCCGCACAGCACCUACCAGCACUAUUGCCCCAGGAGUGGUAAUGGCUUCAUCUCCUGCACUCCCUGCCCAGCCUGCUGAAGAGGCUGCACGAAAACGAGAAGUGAGGCUUAUGAAAAACAGGGAAGCAGCACGGGAAUGUCGCAGAAAGAAGAAGGAGUAUGUCAAAUGCCUAGAGAACAGAGUAGCAGUCCUUGAAAACCAAAACAAGACUCUGAUAGAGGAACUGAAAGCACUUAAAGACCUUUACUGCCACAAAUCUGAUUAGGAGGGUAUUAAGAUUUUUAUUUUUCACCUUUCUGAUAAAAAAAAGACUGGUUUGACUUCAGCAGGACAGGCAGUAAAAUGUUAUUUUCUACAAUUUUCUCUUAUGCGCUAAACUGCCUGUUUGCAACUUCAGGAUUUCAUUCAUGUGUGCUAUUACGCUGUGAAUGGUUCCUGUCUCCAAGACCAAGGAAGUAAAUGACACCAUCAGUGUACAUGGUCAAGAAGAGGAAAAUAUUUUUUAAUGCAUUUAUUUCUUACCCUGCAUCAUCUGUCGGCUAAAAGUCUGUAGUAAUGGAAGGCUUUGAUUGUCGGGACCCUUUCAGUGCUGCAUCGCAAGAGUCAUCUUCAUACUGUAGUUUGGGGGCUAUAAUAUGCAAAAGAACAUCCUUCAGCUGGCCGAGUCCACACAUUCUUUGCUCCAGUGUUUUGUCUUCAGCAUUACACAUUUAGUUUACGUGGAAAUUGAUCUAUUUGGUAAGGAACUGGUCCGUAGGAUCAAAACAAAUUAAAGAAACAUGCUUUUUUUUUUUUUUUUUUUUAAGCCUUUCAUGUCUUAAGAAGGUGCAGCAAAUUGCUCCACUGCAAGUCUUUUACCCUGGUUUAUGGUAUUGAGUCUUGUUUCAUCUAUCAGCUGCUAGCCAAGGGAUGUAUUGAUGAUCAAUACAUGUAGCCCUUCUGUUUCCAGCAGUUCUGCAGAACUCCAAUAGGAGAGCCUUUCCAAGCACACUUGAGGUACUUAAAAUAUAGCUUUUACACAAAUGAAAUGUUAAAGGUUGCAUUUGAAUUUUUUUUUUUUUUUUUGUAUUUUAUAGAUGGUAUCUAAUUCAAUGUGUGCAUAUGAAAUAUGCAUGUCAAAAGCACCCUUCUAAAAGUCUACAAAAUCUUUUUGCCAAUUAUAGUUCUGGAAUUGAUCUAUAAUUAAUAUAAAAUGAUUUAUAAAUGUACUGUACCUCUGUAGGCUCUCUGUCACCAGCAGCCCAUUGUGGAGACAAUUAUCCCAGUUAUCCCAUUGUGUAAAAAGAAAAGUAUAUUCUUCAUAUAUGAAAUGGUGAAGAAGAAAAGUAAUAUAAUGUGGUACUUCGCUAUUAUCAGAAUUGUCUUUUAAUAUCUGCUCUGAAACCAAUAGCUGUAUCAACAUCCAUUUUCUCCAGGUCCUGCUCACUGCUUUGUUUUUUAAAUUGAUGCUUCUUUGUGUUUGGGAUUUGUCCGUCAUGUAUAAUAUUUUAUGUUUAAUAGAAUGAUCAUGUACAAUGAAAUACAUUUUGUAUUUUAAAACUAUGAUGUACUGUGUGCAUCAAAUCUUUUUUUUUUUUUUGGGGGGGGGUGCGUGCAAGAUAAAUGUGUUAGUGUGCUGUUACUGUAUAUUCUUAUCUAACUAUUAGAAGUUGGAAACUGGUAAAACAGGGUAUUAUUUGAGUACUUUCUGAAAGUGAACUUUUGACAUGACAUCUGUGUUUAAGUACCUUAUUCCAUCCUUCUUUGUAUUAAAGAGUGAAUUUGUAAGGAAUGAUGAGUGUAGCUCAGCAUGGACAUGUCUUAUAAUGUAAACUACUAUGCAGUACAAGCAAAUGGGGGAAACAUGUCUGCGAUAUGCAGGACAUAAUGUUGCAUUUAAUCCAGUUGUAUAAUUACAGUUAAAGAAACAGGGUUUGUAAUACUUAUUUUAAAAUGACACUCAUUGCUAAUUGUCUAACAUUGUUUUAACAUUGUUUUAACCUGUAUAAUUUUACAUUUUUAAAUUUGUUUUAAUAACUGUAUAAUUAUAUCUGCUCUCGGAAGCUGAAGGUAAAAGAAUACUCUGAAAAAGACCAGCAAUAAUGUUCAAUAUGCUUUGCUUCACAACAGAUAGAUGUUUAGCAACAUAAUCCCUUAUGUGCCACAGAAUGUAGAAUCUACAGUAUUAAAGCAGCAGUACCUUUGUGCCAAUCCCAUAGAUCGUUUUCAUGUUACGUUGUAACCCACUAUGCUUAGCAAUUUGAAAUACAGACAGCACAGAUUGCAAUUACCUAAAGGGUUAACAUUUAGGAAAGGACAGACUGUCUUCUGGCUGAACACUUUUCUACAGUUUUUCUAGAAUAAGCAAUUUAUAUUCUGACAGUAUACACAAAUCUUACUAGCGAGUUUAAAUGCAGCUAUGCUGGUGAUUUUUGUCAGGGUCAUUAUUAAAUGUGCCAAAAAGGGCGUAUGGAAGCUCCUGUUUUAUUUCCUGAAGACAACGUACAGAGUAGAAGGUCUGUGAUAUUUUUUUAAAAAAAAUGGAAGUCCCUUUUAAAACCUAAAUUUUAUUUUAAAACACAUCAUUUUAUGUAUAUGAUUAGGAAACAAACAGAAAACCUAUUUGUAAACUUUACUUUAAGUUAUCAUGUUAACAGUUUAGAAACCCAGGUAUAGCAUAUGUUAUCCAUAAACCCAUUAUCCAGACAUCCAUUAUCCAGGCCAUCUUCCAUACAUUAUGGGGACUUCUGACAUGCUUCCCUGACCAAUAUCUGGACUAAAAUCAUGCAGAUAUUGAUUUGACAGGUUUAAAAAUCCUGUCUGAGUGAGGACUGCAUAAUCUGCUCCUAGCUCCAACAGCCUCUAUCUCUGUCUAAAUGAAGCAGCCAGAUAUCACCACCUGCUUAUUGGUGAAAGAUCUAUUUGUUUGUUGACCUUGCCAAAUGAGCAAGGGCGGCAUGGGGGGAGGUUCCUUCCUAUCAGAUUUGAACUAAUUCAAAUAACUAAUUACAGCACAAACCUAACAAAAUAACUGACUUGGGCGCAAAUCCUGCACGAGAAACCAGAUUUUUGGUGAUUUUAAUAGUGUGAGCUCAAAUACAUCUUAUAGGCAAAAAGAGCACCCCAAAGGCUGUAUUAUACCUAACUGUCCAUUAAAAUCAGGAGAGAGACAAAUGCUGAGAGGGUGAUAGUGAAGAAUUUAUGAUUUCAGAUGGUACAAUGAGAUGAAGUGUGUGUAUAUACAGUAUAUACAAGAGGCAGUAUACCCCCCCCUUUAACGUGAAAUUGAAGCCACCAUUGUACUUGGUAGGAACACAGUUAAAAGCUUCUCACUUCCCCCAGCCUUUGUUAGAGUUUGAGAUGAAGAACACAGAGAAGCCCUGUGUAAAAUGAGCUGAUCUUUAUCUAAAACCCUAACAAAGGUAUCGUCUGGGGAAAGGGAGGGAUUUGGUUAUACAGAGUUCGUCCCAGUGAACUGCUGAUUUGUUUUGAUUAUGCUCCUACAAACCGGAAAUAAAAUGUGACUUUACUUUCACAAUUAAUUCUUCAUUAACGCAAGUUAAUGUAGGUUCAACAGAAGCUCUAUUCUUUAAUCUAAUGUUACAAAAAAUGGGGUAUGCUGCACUUCUUAAGAUGCAGAUGGAAUUAUGUUUGUCCCUCUGAAUUCUAUAAGGCACUGUCCUCCACUUGCUUGGUUACAUCAGCCAAUGAAUGGACAGAUCAGAGCUCCACACUAAUGUUACUUGCAAUCUUCAUUCAUUCUGUAAUCCGUUUAUGAUAAACCCUGUGUAGCUGGAUUAUUAUAAUGGAAGCCUAUACUUAACACUGCACAUGGUUAUGCUUUGUAGAUAAAGAUUUUUGCAUAGUAGAGAUGUUAAACCACUUUAGUUUUUCUUGUGAAUAUCCAAGUAGCUGUGUGUGGUAUCUGGGAGCAGAAAGGCAACAAUAUACUGAUGAAUUCCACUGCACCUUGAUUUCAGCUUUGAAUAUUUCUACAACUGUAUGUAUAAUCUUUUCUGGCUUUGCACAUUGUGCGUUUGUUUUAAAAAAAAAAGUCAGACAUGACCGAACUAUAUAAUACAAGUUAAAAACGCCAAUAACCAGUGGCGUAACUAGAACAUAAAUAGAAUUUAAUGGGCCCCACAGCAAAUUCUUUUUCAGGCUCCCAAAAUGUCUAGAGGCUGAACUUUCUUUUACCAAUAUUGAUUGAAAUUGUAUAUGAAUUAGGACUUUUUGGGGCCCCUAUACCUCAUGGGCCCCCCUGCAAUAAUUCUCACCUAUUUACUAACAAAAAAUUGUGUAUUUUUGCAAUUUGUAAUAAUAUAUUCGUGUGUGUGUGUGUGUGUGUGUGUAUAUAUAUAUAUAUAUAUAUAAAAACAGUCCUAAUCGUGUGUGCACUCCAAUGCAAAAAUCAUCAGCGCAGGGUUGCUCAGCCAAAUCAAUUGUAUAGAGAAUAUUUCCAGACGACAAAACCCUUUUUAAAAUCUCUCAUGCUUUUAUUGUUUUAUUUAGCAGCUCUCCAGUUUGCAGUUUCUGCACUCACGUUGCUAGGUUUCAAAUUACCCUAGCAACUAUGCACUGAAUUGAACAAGGGACUGGAAUAUGAAUAGAAAAGGCCCUGAAUAGAAAGCUUUUCUAUUUGGAUUUCCUGGUUGUGACUUUUGGCCUGUUUCUGGACACUGUUGCCUGCUGCCUGACCCGACCCUUGGCUUGAUCACUGGACGCUGUUUGCUUGCUGCCUGACCUUGGCCUGUUUACUGGACUCUGUUUUUGCCUGCAGAUUCAUUCCAUCACAGGCUAGUAUAUUUCUUUAUAUCUUCAUGAAGCAUCUGUUUUGUUAUUUUCAUUAAAUCUGGUAUUACUUUAUUAUGACUUUAAGACUGGGUUCUGCUAUUUAUGGGUAUACCCCAGGUUCCUCACCAUACAGGCUCCCAUCUGAUUGCUUCAAUUCUGUGUCUGAUCCUUACAGUUAGUCACCGAGUGACCAUAUAAAAGAACAAGGCUGUGUCAGAGUGCUUUUAUUCAGGUCACAUAACUCUGAGUUUUACUGGCAUUGCUACUGGCGGGGGUAAGUGGAGCAGGCCCUGACACUGAGGUCAUAGAUGAGAGACAGCGACACAGGAGGAGCACUCCGUGUUAAGGAAGAGCUGAGCCUGGGAAUUAGAUGUAGGACACUGAUGUAGGAACGCACUGUUUAUAAGGAUAUAAGUUACAGUUGGAUCCCAUUGGAAAUUGACCAAACUGAAUACACUUUUGUAUGCAUUUAUAUGCACUUUGAAUCAUGGCUGGAUGCAGUUGUAGGCAGAAGAAGUAGCUGCCUAAAGCACAACUAUAGGAGGGUGCUGGGGAGGAACCUGUUCUGCCUACCCCUAGACGGGACAAUGCACUAAGCUUUCACAUGAAUGCUACUAUUGCACAUGUAUUCACUACCAUGUAUGUACAUGCAGCAAUGAAUGUGAUAAGGAUGGAUGGGUUGGCUAGGGUGUGUAGCUGGCCUGGCCCACCUCUGCUUUGAAUGUUACAUCGUUGUAAAAAAAGUUUUUUCUUUUUAAUUUUAGAUCAUGGAAAUCAUAUUUCCUUCCCUCUUUUUUUUUUUCAUUUACGAAAGAAAAGGAUUGAAAAAGUGGAUAAGCCAUGUAAUCAAGGAAGGCAAGUUAAAAGGCACCAAUGCAUAAAGAUGAAAUGCUUUUGUGACGUUAGUGGACCUUACGGACACUGAAAUAAAAGAUCGGUUCAGGCUUAACACUCUGGAGAUACUAUCUUUGUAUGAUGUACUCAAACCAUAUUUGUGCAAGCCAACUCAGAGAUCCCAUGCCAUCCCUGGCCUUGUUCGUCUGCUUAAAUUUUUUUGCGAAAGGCGACUUUCAGAGUUGUGUUGCUGUGAUUGGCGGUGUUUCCCAGAGCUCCUGCAGCCGCUGCUUAAAUGAGGUAGGCAAUAAUGCAAAUUUACAAAUCUUUGUAAAUCUUCAUAGCAUUUGUUUGCAAACUGUGAAAGAAAAAUUUUACGAAAUCGCCGGUUUUCCUAAUGUGGUGGGCAUAAUUGAUUGCACACAUAUUUCACUGUGUCCACCUGCUAACGAGGAGCACAUUUACCGGAAUCGUAAGAACUCGCACAGCAUAAAUGUUCAGCUUAUCUGUUUGUUUAACUAACAAGUUGUGGAUAUUGUGGCAACAUUUCUGGACUCUUCACAUGAUUCUUAUAUUUUGUCGCAAUCGUCUUUGUCUAAUCGUUCUGAACAGGGCGAGUUCAAAGAUUCGUGGUUAUUAGGUAAAAAUUAUUUUAUCUCUGUUAGACAUGUAACUGAUUACUGUUUUAAAAAUGUAAAAUCUUUUUGUUUUAAAUGUUUUAAUUGUUAAAACUAUCAUUAUUCCCAGUGUCUUUAGAGACAUCUAUGUAAACCAUUAUUUAACUUGUGUGAUUGUAAAUGGUUGGUUUCUAUAAUGCAAAUGUUAUUUAGAUCAUUCUGUACCACUUAAUUAUCUUUGUAUAUGUAUGAUAUAUAUAUUGGUUGGUGGUGGCUAUGGACUAUUUUUUUUUUU